GACUUGACGGAAAUCCAACAUUUGAUGGGUAAAUGUAUGUAUUUUGUAUAUUUAAACAAAGUACAUCCAUCCACAUGUGUUCGUGAAUGCAGCUCCUCGCCUCUAUUCCGGAACGAAAGUAUCUGAGGGUGGCAGUCAGCGGGGAACGAAAACAAAGUUGGACCACUUGCCCUGUCGACGAUCUGAGGGCACGUGUGCGUUCACUGCAUAAAUUAACUGCAAAAAUGCCGAAGGCGGCAAAGGGAAAGGGGCCUUUGGAGAAGAAAGUUGUUCAUCCGUAUAGUCGGAAAGCUGCGUACAUGGCCAGAGCGGUCAUAAAACAGGAUAAGAAGGAAAGACAGAAGAGCGAAAAAGCGCAAAGACUUAACCUAAUUCGAGAAAAGCUCUUGUUCUUUCAGAAUCAACUGGACUCCGAGAAGAAAGAAUAUUCCAAACAAGACACCUGCAACAUAAUUGAAAGAUAUCUUCACCGGUUUGAUGCGGAGCUGGAGCAGAUUGAAUUGGCGAACAGUAUUAAGGGUCGCCAGGGACGACUGCAUGGGGCUAGAGAGGCUGUCAUCAAACAGACGAUGGAGCGCGAGCGAGCACAGUAUGAGGGUAAUGGUUUUGAAAUUCCAGAUGUCAUGAACUCCAAGCACCUUAAAGUUUUCAGAGAGUGGGAUGGAGACCUGAAGAAGCUGCCUAAUAUUAAGAUGAGGAAGCUCUCUGCUCGAGGACUGAGUCAGGAGAAUCAGCAGCACAAACUCACAGAGGAAGAAGAGAAUAUUGGGGAACAUGAUGAUCAGCCUGCAUCUGAUGUUGACUUUGAAGAUGAAGAUUUAUGAUUCUGUGUAUGCUUACAUGGACAGAAAAUGAAAAAAGGAGAUGUGUGUGUGUGUGUGUGUGUGUGUGUGUGUGUGUGUGUGUGUGUGUAAAAAGCCAUGCUAUUCUCUGUGGUGCACAGAGUUUUCUUUGUGGAUCUGUCUCCUGGUUGGAGACUUGGGCCAUGUUUGAAAUGGUGCCAACCAUGAAUAACUGAACCCGUACCAUCUCAUCAUCAACUGAAUACAUACCAUCUCUCUCCAGUUACUCUCAAAAAACACAGGCACAACCGUUUCUGUACUCUGACCAUUUUAUUUCACCAAUGUUGCAUGUUUUACUUGAACCCCUCAUUUGGGUGGACUGGGCAGUACACAAUUUACUGCCAAACAUGAUCUAAUUUGUCUCGUUUCUCGGCCCCAAUUCAUGUUUGUUGCAGCAUUGUAGUUGAUACAUUGAAAAACUAUGAUUGCUUUGAUUCUUUUUGUCUUGUUUUGCAGGUGACAAUUAAACAGUGACAAUUAAAAAUGUAAAGUAAAA